GCCUGAACGCCAAUCGCACUUGGUCAUAGUAUAAUGUUCUCCCAUAAUACAUACGUGUACAGAAGAAAUUGCGUUGUUGUUUUUUGUUUUGCAAAGUGAAGUAGAAGUCGGACACGAUUACGACUCUCCGCUUUCUGCCUGUUUUGAGAAUAGAUGGUGUGGUAUUCACCGAUCGUACACUUCCUGACUUGACAGCUAGACUUCUUGUGGGUGUGAAGAGGGACCGAUUUUCGCCGUCAUCUACCAUGUAAGGCCUGAUUUGGUCUGGAUUCAGCUCAAUGAAACCUUGAUGAAGAAGAGGUUUUGGUCUGGUAGAUCGAAUUUUCUGAUGUUUGUAGUUUGGAUUGCCUGAUGAAACGCAAGGAUAGUAUUGUGGAGUAAAGGUCUUUCGAGCAGAGGAUGGUUGCAAUGGAGCUGGUAAAUUAGGGUUUAGUUCGAGUAGUGGUGCAUUGGACUGCGAAGUAAAUUGAGCUUCUUGUAGAUGGUUUCUUUGAUAGAGUUACAAUCGCGGAUCAACAAUUGAGAGAAAUACGGGUUGGGAUGGCAAUCAACUCAGCUAUGGUAACGUUGGAUUGAUAUGUGAGUUUUAAGGAGAAGGAAAAACUUGACCUCGAUACAGGUUUUCUUUUGAGAUACACAGAGACCAUGUACAGUUCAGAAGCACCUCCCCUGCCACCCGGCCGAUCUCGGGAGCUGGCGCAGGCAGUGGUUCCUGCGGAUUUUUCAGUGAAGCAGCUGUUGUGGCAAAACAGCGUACAACUGAGACAACAUUUGCGGGAGCUUUUGGAAAACGCUGCGCUGCUCAAAGCUGUUGCGACAGAGUUAGAAAUUUUCGAAAGUCGUGAAUCCCUGAAAGAUACUGCUAGCACGAUCAAAGAAUGCGUUUCCGAUUUUCGCUCUUCUUCUGAGAAGCAUGAAAGACUUUCUGUGACUGAAAUUGGGGAUGAUUCCAGAGGCGUUCCUGCGACAGAGGCUCCAUCAAUGAUUCAGGUCUCUGAUAGGUCCACUACUUUGAAUAAACAUGCCAUAGAAUCACUUGAAAAUGUUCCAGCCCUUGAGAGAGACUCCCUCCGUGCGGCUUUGCUCUCUGCAGUUCAGACUAGUGGCGGUUCCGAGGCACAGACAGUGGAAGCGGCCUUGGAAUUGCAGAAUCGUGUCACGAAUUUAUUGGCACCGCUUGAGGGAGCUUUGGGUGCUCCUGAGGGUUGGGAGCAUGCUGCAGCAGCUGCUAGACUGAGGACUAAACGUGAUAAAAUUCAACGCAGUAGGAGAUGGAGGAAGCGGAAGCGACAACGGAUAGCUGAGACUCAUCGUAAGGAGCAAGAAAGUUUCGAAGAAGCCGACCACAACGUCGAUGAAUGGAGGGCCAGAGAGAUUGCUAAGUCAAUUGCUAGAAGCAAGAUGGAGAAAAUGAAAGAGGUCGCAGAGAAAAAGGCUAAAGAGGACAGAGCAAGACUAGAAGCUGAGCUGGAGAUGGUAUUGAUGGUCGAAAAGCUUCAAGAAUUACGUGCCCUUCGCAUUCAAAAGCUGAAAAAACAAGGUUGUUUCUUUCCAGACGAGGACGACAAAUUCAUGGACAGAGUACGUGCAGCCGUUCAAGAAGAAGAGCGCCAGGCUGCUGCUGCAGCUGAUUUUCGUGCAGCUGCGGCCGCCAUAGCAAUUGCUGCAAAAGCUGCGAAAGUUACUGGCCAAGUUUCUACUGCUUCCAAAGCAGAUGGUGAUAGACAGCUUGAGAUUCAGCUUGAGGAAACUAGUGAAAGAGAUUCCAAUACUGUUCGGAUAGACCCUGCUGAUCAGAACGUUGUUGAAACAACAAUUAGUAGCAGCAAUGCACAAAAUGCGCAGGGGAUAGGAGCAACGAUACAAGAAGCUUACAAACUACCUGCCGAAUUUCAUCACUUCUAUUACGGCAGUCAAGUGGACCUGGGAGCACUGAUUGAGGUAAAAAGAAAAUCAUCACAGAGAAUUACUGGUGAGACGAGCAUGGGAUGCCUAUCUCAUGCCUGGUGGAAGUCGAAUACCUGGCCACUGGGUUGAAGCUCCGCCUCCAGCAGAUGCGAUAUGGGCUACAUAUUUGGUGCAACCCACUAGCAAAAAAGUUGAGGCAGAAAAGACCAGAUUGAGUUAAAACGCAAAAAACCUAAGGAACGGAAAAACAGAAGACCAGGAAGAUGAAGGUACUUGCCAUGCGUAAUGCGUGUUUUGACAUUGCUAUCUGUAACAUUGAUGGCGAUGAUCAUGAAAACAUGUGGUCAUGUACUUGAGGUAAUCACAUUGUAUUGUGGGGUUCACCCUGAUAACUAUACAUGUCCGAUGUUCUGAGCAUCUGAGCCAUCUGUAUGUCGACAUGUUUGAUGAGAAAUAUUUAGAACUUAAUGCAGCAAGAUCCUCUGUCCAUACUACAUCUCUUGUAUACUACAUUUUCUUAAGUGCUGCAAAAGAUCAAUUUUUGGUUGGCA